AUGUUUAGAUUUUUAAAACAGUUUGGUGAGUUUAUUUUUUUAGGGCCAUUGCUUAUAAACGGGACUCAUUCUUUUCAAAAAAACUUAUAUAUGUCGGCCCCAAAUGCGAAUGUGGAGUCUGAUAAACUUAUCCUAACAAACGCUGAAGAAGGAAAGGUUGUGACUCGAUUUCCUCCUGAGGCCAGUGGUUUCCUUCACAUUGGGCAUGCAAAGGCAGCACUAAUAAACAGUAUGCUUGCAUCCAAGUUUAAGGGAAAGCUUGUUCUUCGCUUUGAUGAUACCAAUCCUUCUAAGGAAAGGGGUCAUUUUGAGCAGGCUAUUUUAGAUGAUAUAGCAACUCUUGGGAUUUCAUGGGAUAUCGGCCCGACAUUUUCUUCAGAUUACAUGGACCUUAUGUAUGAAAAAGCAGAAGAACUUAUUGGAAAAGGUCUUGCAUAUUGUGAUAAAACACCACGGGAAGAGAUGCAGAAGUGUAGAUUUGAUGGGGUUCCCACACGGUAUCGUGACAUAGAGGUAGAGGAGACAAAACGCCUAUGGAACGAAAUGAAAAAAGGAAGUGCUGAGGGCCAAGAAACCUGUUUGAGGGCGAAAAUUUCCGUCGAUAAUGAAAAUAAGGCCAUGAGAGAUCCUGUGAUUUAUCGAGUGAAUGAAACCCCUCAUGCUAGACAAGGAACGAAGUAUAAGGCCUAUCCGACAUAUGAUUUUGCUUGUCCAAUUAUUGAUUCCAUUGAAGGGGUGACGCACGCCUUGAGAACCAAUGAGUAUCAUGAUCGCAAUGAUCAGUAUUAUUGGUUUUGUGAUGCUUUGAACAUACGAAAACCAAUAGUGGAGGAUUUUUCAAGACUAAAUAUGGAGUACACUGUUAUGUCAAAGCGAAAGCUGACUCAGUUUGUGGAGAACGGUGUAGUAGAUGGAUGGGAUGAUCCUCGAUUUCCAACGGUUCGUGCGUUGGUUCGACGUGGAUUAAAAAUGAACGCGUUAAGAAAGUUUGUUCAGGCACAAGGUAUGUCAAAGACAGUUAAUUUUAUGGAAUGGACAAAGCUCUGGUUUUUGAAUACUCAAAUUCUAGAUCCCUCUGUCCCACGCUAUACUGUUGUAUCGAAUUCAUUGAAGGUGCGUUGCGCCGUGGAAGGACAAAUCCAUCUUCAAGAGUGUGAAAAACUUCUUCAUAAGAAAGUUCCAGAUAUGGGUACUAAAAAAUAUUUUAAAUCCGAUGUUAUUUUCCUUGAUACAGAAGACGUUGCUCUUCUCAAGGAGGGCGAAGAGAUUACGUUGAUGGAUUGGGGAAAUGCGUACAUUAAAAAUAUUCGCUCAUCCGGAGAAUCAUCUUUAAUUACGGAUGCCGAUAUCGUUUUACAUCUUGAAGGUGAUGUGAAAAAAACGAAGUAUAAGUUAACUUGGGUUCCCGAGAGUCCGAAUGCGGAGGUGAUGGAGCUGGUUGAAUAUGAUCACCUUCUUACAAAGAAAAAACCAGAUCUUGAAGAAAAAAUUGAUGACAUUAUAGCCCCAGUAACAAAGUUUACUCAGGAGGUAUACGCAGAGGAAGCCGUUCAGACUCUUAAAAAGGGUGAUACAAUCCAAAUUGAACGUCGGGGAUAUUACAUUGUGGAUUCUGUAACACCCAAAAAGGUUCUUAUUUAUAUUCCGGAUGGGCGAGAAAAAGUUAAUCAUUUGGGUGCUAAAGCUCAAUAUUUGAAGUCUUUAUCGAAAGAUGGAAUAUCUUCCGCUGCAAAUGAUUUGGCUGCAAAGCGAGCUGCAAAAGCUGCUAAAAAGGCUUUACAGAAGCAAAACUCCCAAAAAUAG